AAUAAACCAAUGAGAAUCAGCUAAUAAAAAAUAAAGAAUAACGGUCGGCUGCUGCCCGUAAUGGUUGUAGUUUUUCGUUUCCUUUUGCCUCAUUUUGCCGUAUUUUGUUAGUUUCGUUCUGAAAUUCAACCCAGAGCUAAUAUAAGAAAACGGAAGUGGGAUCUUAGUACAUUAGAACCAUUUAAAAAAGAUUUUUAUAUUCCGACUGAUGUUGUACAGAAUCGUAAUCCAUGUAUGGUAGAACAAUAUAGAAGUGAACUAGAAAUUACUUUGAAAGAAAAAAAUAUACCAAAUCCUGUUUUUACAUUUGAAGAAACAGGUUUUCCUGAUUAUGUACUUAAAGAAAUCAAAGGGCAAGGUUUUAGUGAACCUACAUCAAUUCAGGCCCAAGGAUGGCCAAUAGCAUUAAGUGGACGAGACAUGGUUGGAAUUGCAUCUACGGGAUCUGGAAAAACAUUGUCAUAUAUACUUCCGGCUAUUGUUCAUAUUAAUAGCCAACCGAAAUUAAGCCGAAAGGAUGGCCCAAUAGCAUUGGUAUUAGCUCCUACAAGAGAACUUGCUCAACAAAUAAAACAGGUCGCCGAUGACUUUGGUCAUUCAUCGAGUAUAAGAAAUACUUGUUUGUACGGCGGUGCUCCUAAAGGGGCUCAAGCUAGAGAUUUAGAUGGAGGUGUCGAAAUAGUUAUAGCUACACCAGGUAGAUUGCUAGACUUUUUGGAAUCAGGAAGAACCAAUUUGAAAAGAUGUACAUAUUUAGUAUUAGACGAAGCAGAUAGAAUGUUGGAUAUGGGAUUUGAGCCACAAAUUAGAAAAAUUAUAGAACAAAUAAGACCGGAUAAAACAUUAAUGUGGUCGGCCACUUGGCCGAAAAAAGUGAAGAAUUUGGCCGAAGAUUUUCUUAAAGAUUAUGCCCAAAUAAAUGUCGGAUCUUUACAGCUUGCAGCAAAUCAUAAUAUUUUACAGAUAAUCGACGUAUGCCAAGAUUAUGAAAAAGAGAAUAAAUUAAGUACUCUUUUGAAGGAGAUAAUGGCAGAAAAUGAGAAUAAAACUACAGUAUUUAUUGAAACGAAACAUCAAGUUGACGAAAUUACAAGAAAAAUGAAACGCGACGGUUGGCCAGCUGUUUGUAUCCAGCAGCAAGAAAGAGAUUGGGUAUUACAAGAUUUUAGAUCCGGCAAAGCACCUAUUCUUGUCGCAACAGAUGUAGCUGCACGUGGUCUUGGGGAUCUAUAAUUAAGGCAGUAAAUAACGGAGUAAAUCAAAUUUAUCCAAAUUUUGUACUAGAAGGGUAUUUGUGCAAUGCACUCUUCUAGUUAUACUACAAUUUAGUAGGAUAGUUAAAAAGAGCAUUAUUUUAGAAUUUUAUUAGCAAAAAGAACCAAAUGAUAUCUAUUGAUAAAAAAAUUGAUCAUACAAAUAGGAUUUAGUAAAAAAGAUAAUAUAUAAAUAUUUGCUGCCUAAAUAUACAUAUAUAUAUAUAUAUAUAUAUUUAUAUAUAUAAUAUAGUUGUACGUUGAUAUACUAAAGUUAUACAUAUAUAUAAUUUAAUUAGAAAUGUUAGGAUUUGUUGUUUAAUUAUUUUCCAUCAAUCAAAUUAAGAAGUAUAUUAUAAUAAAUGAUACUUGAUUUUUGUACAAAUGUGUAUCGGAACUCUUUCAAAUAAAUUUAUCAGUAUUUUAAGAGGUUUAUCAAGUUAUUAAUAUUUAAAUCUUUAUAAUAAUUAACUUUGACAACAAGUUUAUACCAUAGUUUAAUGCCAUAAUACAAUAGCUCACAUAUACAACUAAUAUACGUAGGGUCUUAUAUUGGUAAUUUUCACUUUGUCAAAGGAUUUGUUUUAUGUAGGAUGUAUAGAAAAAUUAAAUCACAUUUAUUUUUAUAAAGUGUGUUUAUAUAAAAAAAUUACAAGUAUAUGUAUAAAAAUAUAGUUAUUUUAAAUAGAUUAUUUCCUCUUUCCCCCCACCCCCCAAUCACUGUAUUGAUAUGUGCAAGCAAUUAACUAAAUAUGUACAAUUAACUAAAUAAAAACAUUGCACAAAUUCUACAAUCUAAGUGAAAUGCAUUACUUUAAAAACUGAUUGAUUUGUACAAGUUUUUACAUGGAAUGGAAAAAAGGGGGAAAAAAGAAAUAAAAUUAAAAUAAAAAAUAAAAAGAAUAACUAAGUGUAGACCCUCUGUUGAUUAAUGGUAAAAUUUACCAUUUUCCGCCCCACUUAUUUUGUCUACUAUAGCCAAACUUAUAGCCUUGCCCACUUGAACGAUUCGCUCGUCCUUCCGCCCGUUUCGUUUUCCAGGCUUUGUAUCUUUCGGCCAUACUAUAUAACUCACCUGGCACCAUCUAAUAAAGAUUUGAGCACAUUAUUAAACUUAUUAUAAUACAAGAGGUUUUAAAAAAAACUUUAAAUGCACAGAACUAUAUUUCAAGCUAUAAUGAUAAUUUUAUAAAUUUGAAUAUUAUUAUUACUUACUUGAUUAGCCUCUUCUAAAAUACUGAUAAGUUCUUUGGAAUGUGACCAGUCAUCUUUGGUCAUUAACGUUAUACUUUCGCCGGUUUUACCAGCGCGACCUGUACGUCCAACUCGAUGGACAUAUUCUUCCAUAUCACGUGGAAAAUCAUAAUUGAAGACAUGCCUAUAAAUACACACACACACACAUAUAUAUAUAUAUAUAAAAGAAAUCUUAGUAAAAUAUAUUGAUAUAAAAAUGUCAGAAAAAGUGGAAGAGUUAAUAAUAAAACAUACGUUAUAUCCUCGAUGUCAAUACCUCGGCUGACUACAUCUGUUGCAAGAAGAAUUCGUACAGAGCCAUUUUUUAAACCUUCUAUGGCUUGUUCUCUGUCUUCUUGAUCUCUUCCACCAUGAAUACUUUCAUUUUUAAUAUGUGAGAGAAAUAGCUCGCUCGCUACAUCGUCUACUCUUGCUUUUUUAGAAAAAAAUGCAAUAAUUUUGUCUUCGGGAUCCAUAUUCCGAAUAAAUUCAUAAAACUGAUGUAAAAAAGAAUAUAUAUAUAUAUAUAAAGAUUAAUAUUCUCUCAUCAUAAAAUCAAUAUAUUAUUUAUUAAGAAUAAUGAUACCGAUAUAGAAAAUAAUUAAUUUAGAGGAAAAAACAUUGAUUAUACAAUAACUUACCACAUCCAAUUUAUCUUCUUCGUCGAUUAUAUGAAUAUGCUGUUUUACUGUAUGUACAGCUGAUAAAUUUAACGAUCCAACAAAUACUUGAAUUGGAUCUUUCAUAUAUGAUCGUGCUAAGCGUCUAACACCUGGUGGCCAUGUAGCACUAUUAUAAAAAUUAAAACAGUAUAAAUAUAUUUUAUAUUUAUAUAUAUAUAUAUGUACGAUACAAAAAUAUAUAUUAAAUACCUUGUCAUUAUAGUUUGUCUAUCGGAUCUCACAUCGAAUAAACUUUUCCUAAUUUGAGGUUCGAACCCCAUAUCCAGCAUACGAUCUGCUUCGUCUAGUACAAGAUAUGUAACAGAUCUUACAUCUAUAGCUCUUGCUAAUACAAGAUCAUUUAAUCUUCCCGGUGUAGCUAUGACUAUUUGUACACCUUCUGUUACUAUAUCAAUUUGAUCUUGUCGAUUACCGCCACCGUAAAGACAAACACUAAAACAAUGUCAGCAUUUUUAUGUAGUUGUUAAUCAUAUAUAUAUAUAUAUAUAUAAUUAAAUAUGGAAAUUAAAAAAACUUAUUUACAUAUAAGUACUUACGCUUUAAUAUUACGAUACGAAUAUUUUCCUACUUCUUUUUCUAUUUGUAAUGCUAAUUCUCUAGUUGGUGCCAAAAUAAGGACAUUGGGACCAACUCUUUCAUUAAAAGGCGUCUUUUGACCAACAAUGUGAAUUAAUGCAGGCAAAAGGAAUGCUAACGUUUUGCCUAAUAAUAAUAAUAAUAAUAUUAAAAAAUAAUAAUUAUAGAAUAAUUAAAUAUUUAUAAUUAUGAUAAAACAAUAUAAAUCUAUAGUACAAACCUGUUCCAGUCUGUGCUAUACCAAUCAUAUCUUUACCACUAAGUAGAAUUGGCCAUGCUUGACGCUGUAUUGGACUUGGAUUUGUAAAGCCUUGUUUUUUUAUUUCUUCAAGAACUUGCGGAUAAUUCUAUAAUUAUAUAUGUAUAUAUAUAUAUUUCUGUUUUUCAUACCGUAACUUUUCAAUCUUGUACUUGCAUGGAAAGUUUGUUGUAAUGCAUUGUACUUACAUGGAAAGCUUGUUCGAAUGUUUCAAUAGGAUUAGGAAUGCAACAUACGUCAACAUUACUUUCCUCAUCGUCAAAUACAAUUUGAACUUCAAUAUUAUUAUUUUGUAAUCUAAUUUCUGCUACACGUUCAGCAGACAUUUGUGUAAUAAAAGGAUCUUCUUGAUAAAAGUUCUUAUAUAUAGGUGGAUAAGUAAAUGGUUCUUCAUGCUGUUUAAAAUAUUAAUUUAAAUUAUUAUUCGUUCCCUUUAAGAAUAUAUUUAUAAUUGAAAAACUUGAAAUAAAAUUUACACUUUUGUUAAUUCGA